GUAAAUGAUUGUAAAACAUAUUUUUAAAGAUUUAAAAAUAACCGGUACUUUGUAAAACAGUAUUUAUGUACUUCGUUUAGUUGAUUCUACAUAAAAUAUAGGUUAAUAUCGAUUGCAAAGCGUGUUUACAUUUUCUCUGUUAGGAAAGAUGUUAAUGUUUUAAAACAUGUUUGUUAAGAGAGGAAAAUUACUUUAUUUCAAACUAAAUAUAUUAUUUCAAACAUCAAGAUAUUUAAGGAAUACUCCGAAACAAACGCCGGCUGAAUAUUGUUUGGAAUUAGUUCGAAAAAAUGAUUAUGAAAACUUUUUAUGUACAUUAUUAUUACCGCCUGAAAUUAGAGCCAGUGCAUUUGCAAUUCAUGCAUUCAAUGUUGAAGUGGCUCAAGUAAAAGACCAAGUACAUGAUCAUAAAAUAGGGGAAAUGAGAUUAAAAUUUUGGACAGAUGCACUGAGUAAUACGUACAAAGGAAAUCCUCCCAAAAGUCCUGUUAUGUUAGAAUUAUAUAGGGUUUUACAGAAGUCUCCUCUUUCCAAACAUUAUUUCAAUCGUUUGAUUAAUGUACGAUUAGUGAAACUUUAUGAUUAUUCAUUUAAUAGCUUGAAUGCAAUAGAGCAAUAUGCAGAGCAUAGUUCUUCUUCUAUCUAUUAUCUUUUAUUGGAAGCACAUGGUAUAACUAAUAUUAAUGCGGAUCAUGUUGCAAGUCAUAUAGGCAAAGCACAUGGAAUUAUUAAUUUACUUAGAUCAGUUCCUUAUAAUGCCAAAAAAAGAAUCAAUAUGUUACCACAAGAUAUUUUAAUGAAACACAGUGUUUCUACAGAAGCUGUAUUGCAAAGUCAAUCAAGCAAAGAACUUAAGGAUGUAAUACAUGAAGUUGCUUCCCAUGGAAAACUACAUCUAGACGCUGCAAUGUCCCUUAAACAUGAUAUAGGAAAAAAAGCAAAUUUGAUCUUUUUACCAGUAGUCUGUUUAAACAAUUAUUUAAACAAAUUGAGAAAGGUAGAUUUUAAUAUCUUUGAUUCAAAAUUACAAAGGAGAGAUAAUUUACUUCCAUUACGUUUGCUCUGGAAAAAAUGGGUGCAGUAAAAUAUCAUCUUAGUAUUAUAUAGAUAAAUUGUGAAAUUGAACACUUACUUUAAAAUUUCUUCAGAACAGACUUGUAACAUCGGAAAAAUUUAAGUUAUUUAUAUAUUUUACAAUGAAUACUAUAGCAUAAUCAAUUUAUCACACUAAAUUAAACAUUUUUAAAGUUUCA